AUGUCUCCCCCGGCCAUCAUAGCACCGUCCAUCCUGAGCGCGGAUUUCGCGAAUCUGGGCGCAGAAUGUACCAACAAGAUCCAGGAAGGCUCUGACUGGCUCCAUGUGGAUAUCAUGGAUGGCCAUUUCGUUCCGAAUAUGACCUUUGGCGCCCCAGUGGUCACCAAGAUCCGCAGUCACGUCGAGCGUCCGUCGCAGCCCCUCGGCAAAGGCACCUUCGACUGCCAUAUGAUGAUCAUGGAGCCACAACGAUGGGUCAAGGACUUCAAGGCUGCCGGAUGCGAUCUCUACUGCUUCCACUACGAAGCUGCCGUGUCAUCGGUUGCUGCUAAGGAGCCAGCGGACAAGGAAACGACGCGCAAGACGAGCCCGAAGGAACUGAUCCGGUAUAUUCAUGAGGAGGGGAUGCAGGCGGGCAUUGCUAUCAAGCCCGAUACUCCCGUGGAUGUGCUCUGGGAGAUUCUGGAGAACAAGGACGAGAAGGAGCGACCGGAUGUAAGUGGCUGCUCAAUGGUCCUUGUCAUGACCGUCCACCCUGGUUUCGGUGGACAGAAGUUCAUGGCGUCCGAGCUGCCUAAGGUCAAGGCACUGAGAGAGCGAUAUCCCGAUCUGAACAUUGAGGUUGACGGCGGACUCGGUCUCGGAACGAUCGACCAGGCUGCCGACGCCGGUGCUAAUGUUAUUGUCGCAGGCUCCGCCGUCUUUGGUGCCAAGGAUCCCGCCGAUGUCAUCGCGAAGCUGAGAGAGGCCGUUGAAAAGCGCCGAUCGUGA